AUGGAUCACGGCGGCGGCGGCAGCAUCUGGAUCCGUGCGGCAGUGGCGGUGGCGGCGGGAGCCGCCAUCGCGGCGCGCGCCGUACGGCGCAAGUCUGUCGACUCCAGUGCCGUGUUCGUCGGAGUCCCCGCCAUGGUGGCUCAUACCAUCGCCGGGUACAGGUUCGCUGGGCUGCUACUGGUGUUCUUCUUCACGUCGUCGCGGGUGACGAGGGUCGGCGAGGCGAGGAAGCGUGCUCUCGAUCCCGAGUUUAAGGAGGGCGGGCAGCGUAGCUGGUGA